CGACUCCCUCCCCCUCAGGCGACAAAUUCCGGCGGAAGCUCUCUGUGUUAGUACAAAUCCUGGACCAGAAACUGCCAAACUGCAUCACUUUAUUGACUGGGGAUGAGUAGAGACUAGAAUGUAUGGGUUGAGCGGGGGAAGAUGAGCCGGUGGUAAGGUGAGACACCUGUGCAUCCGAACUUCUGAUUUGUCAUGUGACCAAACAAUCUGGAAGAGCACGAGCAUAUCCACCUGUCUGUAAAUGCAAGAGAAAGGUGGAAAGCGAUCAUGCCGCGGAACUACAUUCGUAAAACGGACUGGGGUUCAGUAACCUACGAGGAGCUGGAGAAAGCGUCCGUUGAAGUGAAGCGCGGGAAAUCUAUCAGAACAGUGGCGAAAGAAAGAAAGAUCGGCAGGUCCACCUUGCAGCGCUACAUGAAGAAAGCAGAAGAAAAAAGAGAGAAAACCGUCGGCUACAGAGGAACGGCUGAAGCCAGGAGGAUCUUGUCUGAGGAGCUAGAGGAGGAGCUCGCAGAAAACAUGCGGCUGGCUGAAGGCGUGAGCGGCCUCACGCCGAAGAAAUGCAGGGAAAUCGCUUUUGAAUUCGCUCAGAAGAACAACAUUCCCGUCCCCAACAACUGGGGAGAGCAGAGGUUAGCAGGUCGAGAUUGGCUCAGUAGUUUCGUAGCCCGCCACAAUCUCUACAGCCACGUAACCGAAGCAGCGUCUUUGGGAAGCUACGGACAGGUCAUCAGUUUCAGUCUCAUCAACCAGGACGAAAUCAAGAAAGAAAUCAAAGACGUUCCUGUCCCCGUUCAUCAGACUUCAGAGGAGGACAGCGCUCAGAUUUGUGAUUCAGACCGAGAGCUGUUGGAUGCGGACUUAUUUCUGACAUGAUGUCAUACGAUGGAGCACGCUUUGAUGCUUAAUCAGGUUUUCUGUUUGUUUAGGAUUAUAUUUAACCAAAUAAGUAUUUAAAAAAUUAUUAUUUCGAAAUUCUACAUGCAAAAUAGGUUCAGUUAAAAUGUGUAUUUAUAUAUUCUUUAAGCUUGCAACGCCAAGGUUGUGGAUGAACCAUGAACCCCAUAACAAUUGUCUCUGUUUCUUUAAUUCUGGGGGCUGGGGGUUAGUUAUACUGUGCAUUAAAUUGUGUUUCGAGAUAUUAAAUAUGGUGCUUUCAGAAAA